AAUGCUGCCAAGUAUUGAAACGAUUUUCUGGGUGCGUUCUCAACAAAGUGAAAAAGUUUUGCAUCUUGUUAAUAAUUUGGAAAUAAUUUUGUGUCAUCUCUAAAGUACGGCUUGCAAUUAGUAAAUUUCACCCGAUAUUUUUAAGUAAAAACAUUAAAUUGCGGCGCCACGGAAACAGCAGUAUUGCCUCUCAAUAAGGACGAAAACAUACUCGGUUGAAUUUAUAUGCGUGAAAAGAUACAAAAAUGCACGUUUGCAAACACCAAUCAACGUUCAUCAAUGAUAGUGAUGUGGACGUCAGAUUGGACAAAACUAGGCUACAAUCAACAUACUAAUAGAAGAAUCUUAUAAACUUAAGGAGCGUUUAUUUAAAGUCUCUGCUGGAGUCUUGACUUGAGUGAGUUUAGAGCUGAUGAAAUCAGGGAUUAUAUUGGGUUCAACCCAUAUUUUAGCUAAAAUAUCCAACUGAACUUAUUUUACAGUUUGUCGAAUAAGCAAAGCAAUUAAAAACUUCAAUCAACAAACUAUUAAAGGGAAUACUGGAACAACAACAAAAUGAACUCAAACGACAAUGGGAAACUGUUGGGGAAAUAAACAUCAUUUGCCACCUGAGGAGAACAACAAUCAACACAAACGUUUUUAACAAUGUAAAUAAAUAUAAUGCUUGAUAAACGAAAUCAAUACAUGAAGACAUUUUUAAAGUUAACUCUCGACUACCUACAGUGCUUUAUUUAAAAUUACUUUCUUCGAUUUAUUAUUAGCAAACAAACAAAAGCUAGCUUUAACAUUUUGAAAGUUCAUUUUUUCAGCACCAUUUGGGUUGCUAUUUUUAUUCACAUAAUCAAGCAUAAAACAAAUAAAUUAAUUUUGCAAUGAUUAAACGUAUGUACACAAAUACGAAAGAAAUGCAUAAGAUAAAAUUACUCAACAAAAAAUGGCAUGGAAAAUUGUGAAGGUUCGAAACCUUUAUUUCAACGUGAUGACAUUGUUGUGAACCCCAAUAGCGUUAUUAAGGCUGCGGACUCCCAUACAGAAAACCAUCUUAUAAGUGAAAGUAAAAACAGGGCUAAGGACGUUUCAAAUCAAUAUCUAAAAGGAAGUCUCAGUUCGACAGAUUCUAGCAGUCCAGAAGGAUAUCGGAAGUACCAUACCGGUCCCUAUAAUGACUGCACAACUAGUACCAAUAAUAGAUCGCCUCCACGAACCAAGCCAUUAAAAUCUACUAAUGAAGGAAAACAUACAAUUCGCUGCGACUCGUCACCACCAUUUAACCAUCGUCGAAGAACACCUGAAAAACUGCCAUAUUUUCAAGACGAGACAAGAGAACGUGAUAGACUUCGGCGCAAAUAUGAAACUAAACCCAAAAUACCAUCAUCUUCGCCUCCCUUGUCAUCAAGGUCACGUCAAAGGCGCAGUCGUUCGAAAUCACGGUCUCGCUCCCAAUCUCGAGAAUUUGAGCACCGUUUAAAAUAUACUAAUCUCCGUCGUUCUGUUUCAACGGAUCGCUACAUAGGCGAAACUGGUAGACGAGAUCGAGGAUCACGCUCCGACAAGACAUCUUCGCGUUAUCCUCAUAGAUCGGAAGAUCGAAGCAAAAGUGACCGUCGACAGAGGCAUUGGCGUUCACCUUCAAGAUCACCUAGACGGUCCCGUGAUCGUUUGACACGUUCACGGAAACAAAGCAGGCAUGAUGAGCGACAUAAGAAUUACCAUAGCGAGCAUGGAGGAGCAUCAAGUGAUGAGUUGGCUCAAAGAAAUUUGCCACAACCGCAGAUAAUAACCAUUCCAGUACCAGUACCUGCUGAUUUUAUGAAUUAUACAUACCCAACGUGGCCAACGCAAUGGAAUCCCCCCAUGGCUCAUCCAGUACGAUAUGGUCCACCCGCUGCCUACCACAUACCAACCAUUUUACCAGCAGCUGUUAUGCCACCAAUGCGGCCGCCGUUGCCACCAUAUGGCCCUCAUCCACCGCCGUUACGUUAUGGUGUGCGUGGAUUUAGAUUACCUCCACAAUAUGGUGCAUCUCGUCCAUGGCGACCAAAGUUUCGUACGAAAAAUACCUAAAAAGCGACUGUUAAAUAUUGUAAAGAAUUUAAUUUACGCCAUUUCAUAUAAAUACAUCCAGCACAUUAACUUAAAACAAAGGAUAAAGGAUGAGGAUAGGCAAAAAAUUAGCUUUGCUUGCUGCAUAUGAUAUUUUGUGCAAAACAAUUUGUCCGUUCAACUAUGGGAAAUUUUUAAUACGUAAAACGUAAAUUUUCACGUAAAACCAAUGUAUUAUCAGGGAACAGUGUAACUUACGAUUGGUCGAAAUAAUUUAUUCUUUAUAUAUGUACGCAAAUUUUUAUUAAUUAGAAGUAAAAUUAAAUUUAAAACAAAUUCUGGUUUUUUUCGCUAUCGAAUUUCCUUUAGGUUAAUAAAAAUUGAGCAAAUACUAUACACUUGCCAGAAAAAGUAUCCGUACACAAAGAAAUGAAAGCAACAUAUUAAGAAAUUCUUUGUAAAAAAAACUAAAACAUUUUAAACUUUUAUGAGAAAUGUUUAGUCGGUAAUUUUCUACAAUUUUUAUACAUUUUUUCCUAAGUACAUUUUUUAAAAUUAAAUUUUACAAAAUAAAAAAACUUCACUCUAA